CCGUCCGUAUCGAUAGCACCUACUCGUAAUACCGUGGUUCUUAUUAUAUAAUUUAAAUAUAAUUUAAACAAAUCCCAAGCCGAGUGUGUGAGUGUGGAGUUACCACUGUGAACAAUGGUAGCGAGGUGACAAUUGCACAAAUUUUCGCACUAGCCACUACAGCUACAGUAGCAACAUGAGCGACGAUGGUGAGACGCCCCAGAAUGCAUACGCAACAACAAAAACAGCACCACCCACAGCGCUAAGGUCUAGAUCUAGCCAUGCGAGCAUAUUCACUGAACGCUUCUUUGGCGCCUUCCAGUGGGAAGAGUUUGCCUGCGGAUGCGGGGCAGCGUUUGUCAACAUUUCCGCCACAUAUCCCAUCUACAAAAUGAUCUUUCGCCAAAUGCUGCAUGGCACAAGCAUCACAUCUGCCUACGCACAGCUGCGGCAUGAGGGGCUUAGCUUUCUGUACCGGGGGAUGCUACCACCAUUGGCACAGAAAACCAUUUCGUUGUCCAUAAUGUUUGGUGUGUUUGAUGGCACAAGGAGAUAUCUGGUGGAAGACUAUCGCCUAAAUGACUAUGGGGCCAAGGUGAUUGCCGGCGUAGUGGCAGGUAGUGCUGAAUCCAUUCUCCUACCCUUUGAACGCGUGCAAACGCUGCUGGCGGACUCGAAAUUCCAUCAACAUUUCUCUAAUACCUCAAAUGCGUUCAGAUAUGUAGUGGCCCAUCAUGGAUACCGGGAGCUCUAUAGGGGUAUUGAACCAGUAUUUUGGCGCAACGGCAUGUCCAAUGCAUUCUUCUUUGUGCUCAGGGAAGAGGCCAGCGCUCGGUUACCCAAAAGGAAAUCGGUGUCCAGCAGAACUGCUCAGGAAUUCAUUGCAGGGGCCGUCAUCGGUGCCAGCAUCAGCACAAUAUUCUACCCCCUCAAUGUGAUCAAAGUAUCGCUGCAAAGUGAAAUGGGCCAUCUGUCGGAGGGCAGUUGGCAUGCAUGCAAAAGAAUUUAUCGCGAACGCGACAGCCGCAUUGGGAAUUUCUACCGUGGCUGCGCCUUCAACACGGGACGUUCCUUCAUCAGUUGGGGCAUCAUGAACACGGCCUACGAGAACCUGAAAAAGCUGAUGCACAAGCAACCGCAAAUACCACAAAUACCGCAUACAUCUCCGAUAUCUUCAAGUAAGUGAUGGAGGAAGAGGCCAAAUGAGUGUUUGGAUGUGGUUGCAUUAUGUAUUAUGUUGCCUGUACACCAAAGCUGAAUGUACACACAAAACUCUGUUAAUUCUGCCCUUUAGCUAGCAAAUUUUGUUUCGUUUUAAGUCUCUUUUAAGUCGCCUAUGCCGAGAAGCUGAGAUUUAGAUAUUUAUAAUUAUUGUACAUACACACAUCCUAUGAGGAGCAUUUAAAUGAACCCAACCUACUACAAGAUUACAGUUUAGUUAGGUAACGAUAAUUGUAUAUAUAUAUAUAUAUAUAUAUAUACCUGCUAAUAGAAUCCAGUGGAAUAUAUAAUUCAAUUGUGUUGCACAUGUAUUGUGUGUGCUGUGCUAGUGACGUUUGUGAUUCAUUGAAAUUACUAAACUAAAAUAUUACUCAGUGAAUUCAAUGUUCUUAAAUAAAAG